AUGCUGCGACUCUUCACCCGGGCCUUUAUCGACGAUGAGUGGCUGCUCCAAGGGGUGUGGUUUAACCUCCUCACCACGCUGGGCUGCGUUCAUUCCAUGAUGUUCGGAACUUUUCACAUGGACUUCUUCAUGCAGCGUGGCCUCACUGCCCUGGAAGUCGCUGCUGUACAUAGCUUCUUCUCCAUAUGGAACCCGCUGAAUGACAUUUUUGCUGGUUUGCUGGUUGAUGAAUUUGUCGCACGUGGCUGCGGCUCCCGGCUCCAGCUGGCCUUGUGGGCCAACGUGGGCUAUGCAGCAGCCUCCUGGCUCACCUUUCAAGACUUCUGGGCUCUGCCCGUUUGGCUCCAAUAUGCGCUUGCCAUCAGCUCCUCAGAUGGCUUUGCGGCCGUGGCAAGCGCCGUGAACGGCCUUGUGAUUAUCGAGCAGACAGAAGAAGAUCGCCAGCGCAUUCAGAUCCAGCGGAUAAACUCCCUCUUUGGGUGUCUCGAGUGGCUCGUCAUGGCCUGUGCCUACCUGCUCUGGGAUGCAAAGCCCUCAAAAUGUGGGCCUUUCAGGAGCUACCUGGCCUUUGUUUGCCUCCUUUCUGUAGCAACCACAGCGCUGGCAGUUCGUGGCCUCCGAAAGUCUGCUUUGACGUCCAAACCAAGCCGUGGCCGCCAAAGCGAAUCGCUGUGGCAGCGCCUGCGGCCCUUCCUCCGCACAGUGCAAAAGCACAGGAACUUCUGGCGCUACGUCCUCUUGACCGCGGCCCUUGAGGCAGAAGUCAUAUUCUUCCGCCAGUUUGAUGUCGUUCUCAUACGCGUGCUGCUGACUUCCUGGCCCUCUGCAUCGAAAUUGCUGCUGGUUGUUUGCGACCCGCUUUGCGGCACGCUUUCCUUUGCCCUGACCUGGGUGGCGGAGAGGUGA